UGAAAUAGGCAAUUAAGUAGUUUUUUUAAAAUUAUUUGAUGACACCACAUUUCGUAUAUGACUCACUGUACAUUUCUGCAGUAUUUUUCCGAGUAUUUGUGACACCAUAAAACCAGAGAACCAGAGACACCAUAGAACAGAGAAGAGAAAAGGAGAAGGCGAUAUCCCGCUGGUAAACCCUCAUCUGCAGCUGUUAGGUGAACAGUUUCCCACAUCCUUUUGUAAUUCAUUGGGACUGAACAGGUAGUCGAAAUAUUGGAGGGUUGAAAAUUUUUAGCCUGGGUGCUCUGGCUAUGCAUAGUUUCGCGUCAAUCACAGUUGAUUUGUUGUCAGGCAAGCAUCAGGUUUUUACGGUCAUGUCCUGCAACUCUACAUUAUAUUACACAGCCAUGGACGACAUGUUUACAGAGAUGAUGGAGACCAGUGGGGAACAGCAUUCGCAUGAGAAGGAGGAGCCUUUAAUAGCCACGCCCAAAAGAAUAGUGCGCAUACGAAAGCACAAUUUGUUUGCCGAGGAUAUGCAAGAGUUUGUCAUAGACCGUCGCUUCCCGAGGUUCUCAUCAAUAACUGAUCCAUCGUCGCCUAGCUGCAAAGAGGUCCGCAAGGUGCUACAGACUAAUGAGCUACGUCUAGAACGUGGAGAGCGUUUCGAGUUGAAUAUAGGAAAACCAAUGCGUCGCCUGGCGUUGAGAAUUUAAACUAACUGCGCAUGAUUGUGUGCUACAGUGCUUCCGAUAUCUUUAAACUUUGCGGUAAUCUAAGUAUGCAAUGGUGAUAUUUACCAAUUAAUACAUGAACCUUUAGAAGCUUUGAAUGAAGCUUUUUAUUCACACAGUUGCAUUGAUGAUAAAGCAAUGAAUAAAAGCAAUAGACCGGACAACAUUAGUUGGUUUGAUCAUCUACAAUU